AUGACCAUGGCAGGUGUGAAACGGCCAUUCGCCUCCUUGACAGAGAAUGACGCCGUGGGACGAACCCAACCUAACUUCGCCUCGGCACGCGACCAACACAGGACCUCCAUCACACCGCCGGACCGAAUCGCUUCGCCAAACGUCGAGCCCUUCUCCAAGACGGUGCCUGAAUUCCAUAAAGAUGCCACGAUUGUGCUCGUCGGCGUGCGCGGGAGCGGCAAGUCGACCCUCGCCGUCAUUGCGUCGACGGCGCUAGGCAGGACCGUCAUUGAUCUCGAGGCUGCCUUUCAACGUGCCCACGCGGUGACCUCGACAACCUACAGAAAGCUGCACGGCUCUGAAAAUUGCCAGUUGAAGCAGGCGGAGAUACUGCAAGACUCGCUCCAGAAGAAUCCCACUGGUCGCAUCCUUGUUUGCUCGUGGAUGAGCCGCCAUGCGCAGGUAUUGCUGCACGAGUUUGCCAGCACCAACCCAAUUGUCCAUAUUGUCCGUGAUGCGGAAGCAAUCAAAUCUCAUUUGAAGCUGGACAACGACGCCAAGGUCGAAAGCCUGAUCGCAGUGGCCACGAUCUUCUUUCGCACAUGCACCAACCUCGAGUUCUUCAACCUCACAGAACAGUCUCCACAAACAGCAGAGGCCUCGCCGCCUGACGAUGAAUUCAUCCCAUCACUAGCGUUGAAACAUGCGGAAAAACACUUUACUAAAUUCCUGUCGUUACUCUACCCUGCUGGAACCAUUCCUUUCGUCAACUCGGCAUUCCCACUGGCGUCUAUUCCGCUUGAAGAGCGCCAGUUCACAUAUAUCAUACCACUUCCCAUCAGCCACAUCCUGACUCGGAAAUUCGACAUUGACGAUGCUGUUUGCGGCGCAGAUGCUGUGGAAAUCACAAUUGACAUCACCGAGAGCGAUGAUUUGAGCACAUCCCACUCGACCCUGGCGGCUGAUGUGACCAAAGCCGUGGGUAUCGUGCGAAGGACCACUGUGCUACCAAUAAUCUGCCAUCUCAGAGUCAAGGAAGCCGCCAACGCAGCUAUCUGGGAUGUCUACACGCAACUGAUUGCUCAUACGUUCAAACUUGCGCCAGAAAUGGUCACGGUAGACUUACGCUUGGAAAAUGACGCUAUACGAACUCUCCUCAAAGGGCGGCGGCGUUCCAAGGUGAUUGGCUGCCGAGAAAUGCACGUGUCCUCAGAGGCAUGGAACGGCCAUCACUGGAAGGCCUUGUAUGGCAAAGCUGUUGAUGUUUGCUGCGACAUGGUUCGAUUCACUCGGCCGGCGUCUUCGUUGCAAGACAAUGUCGAAGUAGCGCAGUUUCGGACAAUACCGGCCAUGGUACCGGGCCGGGGGAUACCAGUUGCCGCGUACAAUUCAGGAUCGCUCGGUCGAAUGUCAGCAUGCUUUAAUUCUCUCCUCACAGUGACUUCGGCAGCAAAUAUGCCUGAGACGCCAUGCGAGCCUGGCGUAGACUCGGCUAUCACACCGAUACAAGCUACAAAGGCUCUUUUUGCAGCCUUUGUCUAUGAGCCAAUGAAGCUGUAUGUAUUUGGAGCCAAUGUUGACUACAGCAUGUCGCCCAUCAUGCAUAGCUCGGCCCUCAUGGGCUACGGGAUGCCUCAUGUGUACCGGCCAUACUCGAGCAGUUCUUUGAGUGGCAUCCAGCAUCUCAUCCGAGAUCCCUGUUUUGGUGGUGCAUCGAUUGGAUUACCAUUCAAGGUCGAGGUCAUCUCCAUCACGGACUCUCUGAGCCGUCACGCUCGUGCAAUUGGAGCUGUCAAUACGCUGAUCCCCAUCCGACAUCUCAACGACGACGGCUCAAUUCCAGCAGGCGGGACAUUUUUCAACAAUAUGAAUCGCACUGGGGAAGUGCGUGCCUUUUAUGGUGAAAAUACUGACUGGAUCGGAAUCAAAGCGUGUAUCCAGAGCGGCCUAUCCCCUGCCAACGCCGUGCGCCCAAGCACCUGCGGCGUGGUUAUUGGCGCUGGUGGCAUGGCACGCGCCGCCGUGUACGCGAUGCUGCAGAUUGGCGUGCGCAACAUCGUCAUUUACAACCGCACACCGGCCAACGCCGAAAAAGUAGUUGCGCACUUUGAAAACUUGUUCCAGCGCGACACGGACAUGCUGCUCAUCAAGGGCCCUGCGGCGGUGCGAUUCCACAUCCUGGCGACGCGCGACGCGCCGUGGCCGGCCGACUACCGGGCGCCGACGAUUCUCAUCUCGUGCAUCCCGACACACCAGAUCGGGGAGGCGCCGGCGCCGAAUUUUACGGCGCCGGCGGCGUGGCUGACGAGCCCGACGGGCGGCGUCAUCUUUGAGCUCGGCUACAAGACGCUCGACACGCCGCUCCUGGAGCAGGCGCGGGCGGCGGCGGCGCGCGGCUGGGUCGCCAUGGACGGCAUCGACCUGCUCCCGGAGCAAGGAUUCGCGCAGUUUGAGCUGUUUACGGGCCGCCGCGCGCCGCGAGGCCUCAUGCGGCGCGCGCUGUUUCGGCAUUACAAGGAUGAGAGCGGAAGCGCCGUGAUCCCAGGUUUGCGGAGAAGAAUGCAGAUGAUGGCGCGCUAG